CAAGCGGAUCGUGGUUCUGUAUAGUGAUUUUUACUUGAAAUUUGUGUGAAAUAAAAAAUAAUAAUCAGUGAAAAAUAGUGGAACAUCGAUGGCUUCGGCAAUCAUUCACACCAUCCGGCGGCAGUUGUUUUUUGGUGGAAAAAUAUCGCGAGAUCUGACUCGCUUGUCACAAAUUUCAAAUCAACCACGCGACCAAUUCCUACAAAGCUACCGAUUUCAUCAUCAGUCCGUGCCACUUCUGAACAAAGCCACCAUCCGCGACCGAGAAGACGUAUCACUGCUGGAUGCCAAACAGGACCCGGACGUAUUUGGUACGCUUUCCCCUAAGGUAGCGGCACCGGAAGUUCCCGACGAGGGUGAUCUACAGGAAGAAAAUUUCCUCCAGAAUUUACCGGCACGGUCACAGAAACUCAGCACCAAAGAGUAUGCCGAUUUGAUCAAAGGACAUCUCAAGAAUCAUCGCAUCAAGGAAGCGAUCGAUGUGCUGGAGGUGAGGAUGAAGGAGGAUCGUGUGAAACCGGUCAACUAUCUGUUCAACUUGCUGAUCGGUGGUUGUGCCAGGGUUGGCUACAGCAAGAAGGCGUUCCAGUUGUACAACAAAAUGAAACAGCAUGGACUAAAAAUUACCGGCGGAACGUACACGUCGUUGUUCAACGCCUGUGCGAAUAGCCCUUUCUUGGGAGAUGGAUUGAGCAAAGCCAACCGACUACGUGAAAUUAUGAUCGAAAAAGGCUACGAACCGAACGAGUCCAACUUCAAUGCCAUGAUCAAAGCCUACGGACGUUGUGGUGAUCUGAAAACGGCUUUCCAACUGGUGGACGAGAUGAUGGCCAAGAAGUUGAACAUUCAGACUGACACCUUCAACUUCCUGCUGCAGGCUUGCAUUAGCGAUAAGGAAUUUGGAUUCCGACACGCGUUGCUGGUAUGGCAUAAAAUGUAUCGUUUAAAAGCCCUGCCUGAUAUUUACUCGUUCAAUUUGCUACUGAGAUGCGUUCGGGACUGUGGGCUUGGAGACUUGGAGGCGACGGAGCAAGUCAUCGAACAGAUUCUGUACCAAAGUCAGUUGAAACCUCCGCAAUUGGAGGGAUCUUCCCUGCUGGAAAAUGGGGCCGACGAGUCUUCCAAUGACCUUCAAUUGGCCAGUAUUAACCAGGAGAUUCAACAGGAAGGAGUCCCCAACCUACUAUCCCGUCAGCCUCACCUCGGUAGUCUCAUAAGUUUAGGCGAAAUCAAGAAACCAGAGGAUCGUCUUCUACUGCUUGGCGGAGCAACGAGUUUUCUCUGCGAAAUGGAACAACUGAAAAUUCAACCGGACAUUAAAACGAUGACUGCGCUGCUGGACACUGUUCCACCGACGACUUCUGCCGAGAAGCAAAUUCUGUCCACCAUUCGAAAGUUAGGCAUCCGUUGUGAUAUCGACUUCUUCAAUAUCCUCAUCAAGAAACGUUCGAUGCGAUUCGAUUACGACGCCGCCCGGGAGGUACUGACAAUGAUCAGAACUGCACGACUAGAACCGGACAUUGUAACGUACGGAGUACUGGCUCUGGGCUGCCGAACGCAGGAUGAAGCACGUGCCUUGCUCAAAGAAAUGAGAGAUGCUGAGAUUAGGAUCAAUAUCCAAAUCCUGGGAGCCAUGCUGCGCCAGGGAACAGCAACGCAAAACUUCCGCUACGUGGCGGAUGUACUGGAGAUUGUCAAACAGGAACGGUUCAAACCGAACGAAAUGUUUCUCAAGCACCUGGACAAUUUCAACAAAAAGUGCGAAAAGAUGAACAAAGUGUACGACCGAAAUUCGCGGAAGGCCGGUCGGGAUGAGUUUAAAUUGGAAUACAACCGUUACAAGCUGAAGCUGGAAUACUGGAUGGACCAUAUGGGACUGAAGGGGCUCAGUUUGGACGACGCCGUCGGAGUUGUACGGCAGCACCCUUGGGAACAGUUUAAAGAGUCACAAGCUGAAGGCUACGAGGCAACCAAGAAUCCCAAGCUGAGACACCAGAAGAAGAAACAGCAUUCCAUACGGAAGAUUAAUGUGGAAGAGCUGAAAGAUGACGAUGUUAAUGACGACAACGACGGCAGUCGAAGCGCAGAAAUUAGACGAAUAGAGUGAGGGGUUGUGAAUGUGUGAAUAGUACAACAUAGUUUAAAAGUAUGUUUUUUUUUUUGGAAGAAAAUAGAAGCACUCUUCUGUACAAAUAUACGUUUAGUGUUUG